AUGGAGUACAUAGAAAAAAUAACCGGGUUUUUUUUUACCAAGCAAUGUAUGAAAGAGUACUUUACUAAUUUUAAUUUUUUACAUGUUGAAUGUUUCAAAGCUACGCUCAGCAAAGUACUUGGUACUGGAAUUAUUGCAGGAUCUCUUACUGUUAAAUUACCACAAGUAUUUAAAAUCUAUGCCAAUAAAAGUAGCCAGGGAAUUAAUUUUAUAAGUGUUUUAUUGGAUUUAUUUGCAAUAACUGCUAUGGGAUCAUACAGUUAUGCAAAUGGAUUUCCUUUUAGUGGUGAAACAAUGAAAGCAACCGCAUUUUUCUUCGGUUAUAUGUCAGUGAUACUUGGAGUAAUAACUGGAAUGGCGCCUGUUAAUGUUCUUUGGGCUUGUCAAAACAUAAACAUUCCAAUAAUUCUCCUCAGCAAGUUCUUCCAAGCCCGGACUAAUUACAACAAUUCAAGUACUGGACAAUUAUCAGCAGUGACGUGCUUUAUGCUCUUCUUUGGAUCACUCGCUAGGAUAUUUACGUCGAUGCAAGAAACCGGAGACACUAGUAUGAUUAUUAUGUACAUUUGCUCCACUACAGCUAACGCUGUUAUUGCUGGACAAUUGUUAUAUUACUGGAAUGCUGGUGAUAAAAAGACUAAAAAAAAAGUUAAGAGUAGUAAGAAGCAAUCGUAAUAAUAAUUACCAGGCGCUAAUUAAU